AAAUCCAGGGAGUGACUUUUAGCUUUUACCGGGAGAGAGAAUGAAACAGGGGACAAGACAUACAGCACACACCUAAAAGGGCCUCAAAAUCUUUGGGGAGGGACAGGAGAGAGGAUAAAACAGAUAUUACUGUUUGAAUCUUGAUUGAGGGAAGGAAGAAGAGAAGUAAAAGGUAGAGCUGAGUAAAGGAAAGAAAAGGUCUGCUGUGGAUCCUGGUCAGCACAGAGCUUCAUCAUGGCCACCUUGAAGGAGAAGAGGACCUGUGGGCAGCGAUGUGAAGACUUUGGCCGUUUUGUCUGGAACUCCGACAAUGGGACGCUUAUGGGAAGAACACCAGAGAAAUGGGUGUACAUCAGUCUGUAUUAUGUGGCCUUCUACGUGGUGAUGACGAGCCUCUUUUCUUUGGCCAUCUAUGUGCUCAUGUACACCUUGGAUCCGUACGCCCCUGACUACCAAGACCGGCUAAAAUCUCCGGGGGUGAUGGUCUGGCCGGACACUUACGGAGAGGAGGUUGUUGAAAUCAGCUACAACACAUCAGACAAGGCCAGCUGGAUGGAGAUGUCCAACAUCCUUCAUAAGUUCCUGAGGCCCUACAACGACACCAAGCAGCUUGAAUGUAACAACUAUAACUGCACUAAGGGAAAGUAUUUCAUCCAGAAAACCUUCUCUGCCCCUCACCAAACAAAGUGGGCAUGUCCCUUCAAGCAAAGCAUGCUGGGAGCCUGCUCAGGUCUUGAGGAUCCGACCUUUGGCUACAACAGCAGCACGCCUUGUGUCGUCAUCAAGAUGAACAGGAUCAUUGACUUUUUGCCUUCUAAUAAGACUGAACUUCCUCCAUAUGUCAACUGCACCAUACUGGAGGGACACGACAAUGUGGCCAAAACUGAGUAUUUCCCUGACAGGGGAAUUAUGGAUCUCUCUUAUUUCCCUUAUUAUGGAAAACUGGCACAGGUAAGCAAGAAAAUCCCACGACCACUGAGCACGAGUCUGUAUCGAGAGAAGCUUACGUCGUUAACAGAAGUUCUCUGGAUGAUCAACGGGGCAAAGCAGCUAAUGGCCCCACACUUGAUUUGUAGCACUUGGUUUGUUGUAACAAAUCCAUGGUCAAAUGGUAAAGGCCUUAAGGCGGCUCCUGUAUUAUUACCUGUGCCCUGUGUCAAAAAGGCUGGAUUACAAACUGGGCAAAGUGGGCCACUGCAGUGGGAUCCCAGAACCUCCAUUUAAAAAAGGGUUUUCCCAAAUUUUAUCUAAUCUUUUGUGUGAUCUUGAGGCUCUGUGUCAAGAUCUAGUUUUAAUACGCUAUCAUUCCAGUUGAUACAGGGCUCGAAUGGUACAUAUUCUUAAAUAAAUUUGCAUUUAAGUAACUUAUAACCAAACUGAGUUAAAGAACAUGGGGCAUAAAUCCGACCCUUGUUGCAUAUUCUUAAAUAAAUUUCCCAAAUUGUCAAACUGUUCCUUUAAGUUUUAUCAAUAUGUUAUCCUAGGGAAAAAAAAAAUCAAACACAUAACAGUAACCAACAGUCUGCAUUGUCUUCUGACUCCUUUUCCUCAGCCUACCUAUGUCAACCCCUUGGUGGCUGUUCAGUUCAGCCUGGUCGGAGAGAAGCACGCCAAGAUCCAGUGCAGA